AUGUCAGAACAACCACAAGUUCCAUUCCAAGUCAAAGCUAUCUUUGAUUAUAAAUCAGAUUUUGAAGAUGAUUUAAACUUUUCCAUUGGUCAAAUCAUUACUGUUACAACCAUUGAAAAUGAUGAAUGGUUUACUGGUGAAUAUGAUGGUAAAUCAGGAAUGUUCCCUAAGAACUUUGUAGAAAUCGUACCAAUUCCUGUUGUUCCUACCCUGAAUAGACCAACAAGACGUACAUCAACAACUGAAGAAAGUUCAAUUGCCAAACAAGAGGCUGCCGCACCAGCUCAAGAACCAGAACAAGAACCUACCCUGCCAAUCCAACGAAGAUCAUCCACAAAAUCCAUUGAAUCUAAUCCAUUGAAUGUUCCAAUGCCACAAGCAUUCCCACAUAAACAAGCAGAUCCAUAUAGUAUCAAAAAACAAUUUGUUGCUGCCGGUACUUCUCAUUAUAUUCCCAAGAUCCAACCUAGAGAUGAAUCAAAUGUAGUUCAUGCAAUUCAUGAAGUUAGACAUAGUGACGAUAUCGUAAGAAGUAAUGAUGCAGGACAUGAGCAAGAAGAGGAAGAGGGUCCAAAACUUACUUUAAAGGAACGUAUUGCUUUGUUGCAAAAGAAACAACAAGAAGAAGCUGAACGUGAAGCCGCUGCAGCUAAAAAGAAGGAAGAAAAGAAGAAGAAACAAGCUGAUGAAAAGGAAAGAGUGAAGCAUUUGAGAGAGCAACAACAGGUUGCUUCUGAAGAAGGUAAUGAACAAGAAAACUUCGUCACUGCUGUUUCCAGACAUGGUACUGGUGAAUUUCAACCUUCGGAUCAAUCGGAAAUAAGCCAACGUCGACAAUCAUUGGCACAUAGCAUCGCAGCUUCGGAGAAAUUUACAGAAGCGUUGAGUGAAAAUGAAGAAGAAACCGAAGAUGCUGUUGAAGCACCAGAAGCUGCACAUGAAGGAAAUGAAGGUGAUAAUGAAGAAGAAGAAGCCGAAGAUGAACAAGAAGAAGAAGAAGACGAAGACGAAGAAGAAGAUGAUGAAGAAACCAAAAGAAGAAAAUUGAUCGAAAGAAUGGCCAAGAUGUCCGGUGGGAGAAAUAUGUUUGGUAUGAUGGGGAUGCCAAUGCCUUUUGGCGCACCUGCUGCUGCUCCUCAGCCUGCAAGUAAACCCAAGAAGAAACAACUGCCACCAGAACCACCAGUUGAAGAACCAAGAAUCGAAGCCCAUCAUGCACCACCAGUUCCUACCGCUGAUGUGCCACUGACUUCACCUCAGUCUACAGGUAAAUUCCGCCAAGAAGGAUCUUCAAUGGCUGAAGAUGAUGAACCUUCAGAUACCGAUGUCAAUGAAUUAAUCACUCAAAAGGAGAUUGACAAGCAAGCCACUCAAAAAUAUGAAGUUGUAUCCGAUAGUGGAAUUGAUGAACCAAAACCAUUGAAAUUACAUAAACAUACAAGUGUCGAACAAGAAGGUGCUGGAUAUGAGGCAGAUGAAGAUUUAUCGGAUAUAACCAAGCCUCCAGAAGUUGAUCAUUCUAGUAGACCACCUCCAGCUGUAUCUAUGAGAAGUGGUGAAAGUACUGAUAUUGAGGAUAAGAAACAAUCUCAUGAUACGUUAGCAGAAGAAGAGGAAGAAGACGAGGAGAGUACUCCUCAAGAAACUCGAGCUCCACCACCUCCACCUCCUGGAAUCCCGGAAGCGGUUCCACCUCCAUUACCUUCUGCACCUCCAUCAAUUCCAACAGAAGCUCCUCCCGUUCCGGGACAAAUGCCUCCAAUUCCAGUCAGAUCUUAUCAAGAACCCCAACAACAACAACCAGACUCUAGUGACGAAUCAAGUGAUGAAGAAGAUGAAUCACCACAACCAAUUCGUUCUCAUACCAUUAGUUCAUUCCCCCCUCCACCACCAGUCCCAGCCCCCAUCUCACCAACAUCAGCCCCUCCACCUAUUCCAAUGGGAAAUCCACCCAAACGGGCCUCAACUGAUCUCGACCAUUUCACACGUCCGCCGGCUGUGGGAAUGUUUCCGGGCUCAAGAACUUCGAUUGAUUCACGUUCUUCUCGUUCACGAACUAUUGAAUAUCGUGAUUAUUAUAUUUUAUUUUAUGAUUUAUCUCAAUUAGUUUUGGAAUUGGAGUUUGAGAAUCAAGAUCCCAGGAAUCUGAUUCAUAUUGUGAAUUAUUUCGUCAAGGGGGUUCCUAUCGUGCGGAAGGAUUUAUUAGAUCGAUAUCAUAAACAAUUCAGUGGGUUGAUUUUGGAAAAAGCCCAGAGAUUGAUUGGGAGUGGGGGUGGGACUAGAAUUGAUGGAGGAAUUGUGGAACAUGUGUUUGAAGAAUUGAAUUCGACAAAGGUUAUUGUUCCGGCGAUUGGAAAUAAAGGAUAUGGUGUUACUAUUUAUAAGAAUAUUAAUAAUAGUAAUGUGAAUAAAGUUGAUGAAAUUAGACUGGGAGAUAUUUUAUGGAUUAAGAAUGGGAAAUUUAAUGUUCAUAAAGGUAUUGUGGGUGCUAAAUCGGUUACAGUGGGUGGUGGUGGAGGUGCACCAUAUAGUGCUAUAAUUUAUGAAUAUGAUCCAAAGAAGGAGAAGUUUAAGGUUUUUGAAACUGAUAGUUCUGGUCAACUUAAGAAAGAAUCUUAUAAACUUGGUGAAUUUAAAAGUGGAAGAAUUAGAGUAUUUAGACCAGUUGGAAGAGAUUAUGUAGAUUGGUAG